AUGACUGAGCGACAUGAGCCAAAGGUCGUGCUGGUAACCGGUGGGUGCGGUUUCAUUGGCUCUAAUUUCAUUAAUAUUACAUUCAACGAGUGGAGACAUGCCAAGUGAGUUUUUUACUUGAGGUUUAAGCCUAUAAUAAACCAGAACCAUAAGGUUUAAUACUUUAAAAAUUUGAAGUUAUACUUUAAACCUUUAAUUACUAAAACAACUAAAAUUUAAGGAUCUUUGUGUUUUAAGGAGGCUAUUUUGUUAGGCUUUUCCUUUGGCUAAUAGUAGUUGAAUUAUGGUAUCUAUAAGCUAUAAUAACUAAGCUAUAGCGUCUCAAACAAAAAAAACUUAUAUCCCAAAUUACCCCUAAACCAACAAAUUUAGGAUAAUAAACAUUGACAAACUGGCACAUGGCGCCAGCGAAGAGAACGUCGAAGUGUCGUUGCGCAACUCAAGUCGCUAUGUUUUCGUCGAAGGCACAAUCCUCAACAUUCCGUUGGUCGCUGAGAUUAUCACCAAGAACAAGGUUGACACCGUGAUACACUUUGCCGCAGUCACACACGUCGACGAGUCGUACAGUGAUAGAAUCGGCACAAUUCAGGAGAACAUCAUCGGCACCACAUCACUACUCGAAGCCGUGAAGAGUGCCGGCUGCGUGCAAAAGUUUGUUCACAUCAGUACGGACGAAGUGUACGGCGAUUCGGGCGAGGACGAAGCUCCAAAGACAGAAGAAUCCCUGCCAAACCCCACGAACCCGUACGCGGCCAGUAAGGCGGCCUGCGAAAACAUUGUAAAUAGCUACCACCGAUCGUACAAACUCCCAUAUGUCAUGGUGCGUAUGAACAACGUCUACGGCCCACGACAAGCCUACUCGAAACUGAUUCCAAAGUUCGUCAAGUUGGCGUUAGAAGGCAAACCAUACCCACUAAUGGGCGAUGGUAAACAUACUCGUAGCUGGAUGUUUGUGAAUGACUGUGCUGAAGCUAUUAAGCGUGUCACAGAACAGGGUUCAGUUGGAGAGUGUUACAAUAUUGGAAUCGAGUUCGAGAAGAGCAACUUAGAACUGACACAGAUGAUCCACAGGCUGGUUCUGAAAAAGAUGGCGAGGUAUGAAUUUAAAAAAUUUCUAAGAGCGUGGGUUUUUUAGAAGCUGGAAUGGUGUAUAUUAAUUUUUUUUUGAAUUUAAAAAAAAUUUUUAAUUUUUUUGAAAAAUGAAAAAACCAUCAAGCACUACCCCUUCAUGUUAUCUUUACUCUUUACCCGCCUUAAAAAUUUUUUAAAAAUUAUUAACCCCUUGCCAAUUCCAGAGACCAAACCAAGCCCACAUUCGCCCCAAUCCCAGACCGGCCAUACCACGACCGGAGGUACAACAUUGACUUCUCGAAGAUCCGCAAGGCUUUGGGAUGGCAGUGCAGUACGCCUUUCGAAACGGGGCUAAUGGCAACUAUUGAUUAUUAUGUAGACGAUUUCAAAAAGCGAAACCGUGCUUAA